AUGCUGGACACAUUCGAAAUUAUUACGACCUCAGGCGUUGUGCUUUGGUCGCGCACAUACGCCCCUGUCAACCCAUCGAUAAUUAACAAUUUCAUUAUUGAUACAUUUAUUGAGGAGAAGCAUUCCGGCAAUGUUGUCCAAAGUGCUCAAUCGGCCGCCGCCAAUCCCGCCUACAAGACCGACCACCACACUCUCAAGUGGGCUAUGGUAAAGGAGCUCGGAGUUAUCUUUGUCGUUGUAUAUCGAUCCCUUCUUCACCUGAGCUGGGUGGAUAAACUCGUCGACAAUAUUCGAACCAUCUUUGUCAGUCUCUAUGGCGAACAGGUCAAGAAGCCGCACACAACCCUGGUCGAGUGUCAUGGGUUCGACGAAUACUUUGAUCAACAGAUUCGAGAACUCGACGAGUCCAGUACAGCCGACCCUACGGAAGCCAUUGACGAUGCGAACAGCUCUCCCGAUAGCAAUACGCUUUCUGCGCCUGGUUUGACAUACCGGGGUCGCACUGUCUCCAAUAGUGUUAGCAAAGAGGCGGCAUCGGCCGAUUCUACACCCACUACAUCGCGGCCAACGACACCUGCGAGCAGCAAUCUAGUUGUUGCGAAAGCUGGUCCCGUAUCCAAAAUGUCAAGGCGUGCGCGCAAGGCCAAGCACAACUCGGCCCCUGCCUCGUCCGGGGAUGAAGCAACUCGCCCGAAAAAGGUCGCAAGCGGCAAAAAGGGUAGAAAGUGGGACGCAGACGGCUUCGCAGACGAGGAUGACGAUGUGCAGCUUGACUACUCUGCGCAGGAUGGCGGUGAUGGCGUGGGCAAGUCCAGUGCAGUAGAGUCCGUCGACUCCUCCACCUGGGGCACAUCGACCAAGGGCAAAUUUGUGCUGCGAGACCUGGGCGACGAGGUACAAGGUAUCCUUGCCUCUGCAGAGGCGAAAAGGGCGGCUGCCUCACGUGCAGCGUCAGCCAAGACUGGUCUCGUGGGCUCCGGCGUAAACGCCAUCAGUGGACUCUUUCGCAACGUCGUUGGCGGCAAGACCCUGACAACUGAGGAUCUCGCAAAUGCCAUGAAGGGCAUGGAAGAUCAUCUGCUUCGCAAGAAUGUGGCCAGAGAAGCUGCCGUACGACUCUGCGAAGGCGUUGAAAAGGAGCUGGUAGGCACCAAGACCGGAACAUUUGAAGGCAAGAUUCAGACAGCGAUGGAAGCAUCUCUCACCAAAAUGCUCACACCGACGUCGUCCCUCGACCUUCUUCGCGACAUUGACUCUAUCACAUCACCACCUGUUACAUCUCUCCGACAGCGCCGUCCCUACGUCAUGUCCAUUGUUGGCGUCAAUGGUGUGGGCAAAUCGACCAACCUGUCCAAGAUUUGUUUCUUCUUGCUGCAAAACAAGUACAAGGUGCUCAUCGCCGCCGGCGACACGUUCCGUUCUGGCGCUGUCGAGCAGCUCGCCGUCCACGUCCGUAACCUCACGGAGCUGACGGCGCGCGAGGGCGGCCAGGUCGAACUUUACCAAAAGGGCUACGGCAAGGAUGCCGCCACCGUGGCCAAGGAUGCCGUCACCCACGCCGCGCAGCAGGGCUACGACGUUGUUCUUAUCGACACUGCCGGCCGCCGGCACAACGAUCAGCGCCUCAUGUCGUCGCUCGAGAAAUUUGCUAAGUUUGCCCAACCCGACAAGAUCCUCAUGGUCGGCGAGGCCCUAGUCGGCACCGACUCCGUCGCCCAGGCACGCAACUUUAACGCCGCCUUCGGCGCUGUCCGCUCCCUCGACGGCUUCAUCAUCUCCAAGUGCGACACUGUCGGCGACAUGGUCGGCACCCUCGUCAGCCUGGUCCACGCCACCAACGUACCCGUCGUCUUUGUCGGCGUCGGCCAGCAUUACUCGGACCUGCGCAACUUUUCCGUCAAAUGGGCUGUCGAGAAGCUUCUCAGCAGUAACUAG